CUGACAGCUAGGAAUAACCAUUACCAAGUGGUUGAUACAGAUCGAUACCAAGUGUUCACUGCUUUUGUUUGAUGUUGAAGAAAUUGACUGACAGCGUGUCUAAGAACGGGGAACUUCUAGUGGGAAAGGAGCGCAAUGAUUGAACAAUCGACCGUAAAUCUUAGAGCCGAGGUCAGCCAAGCAGCGGACAAAGAUUAAUGAUAGCUACACUACUUUUGAUCACUGACGGAGUUAACCGACUGCGGGUCUAUCUGAGAACGGAUAACAUCUACUAAGAAAGGAACACAGUCUUACCGAUAAUACGCUGCAUGCGACAACUGCUACCCAGAUACCGAUCAAUCAGAGGAACUUUUACUACUUUACUUGGUGUAUCCCGGUUCGUAACGGAGACAGGAACGUUCUCUGACUAUCGUCAGGAUUAACAAUACAAGUUGGGUGAAAUAAAGGAGUAAUGGAGGACCAACUCCGAUAGGAAUGCUUGCUGAUUGUUAGAAAUCUAUAAAGCCAGAGAGGAGAGAUUUAAACGGAAUACUUGCUGCUCUAACAACUGGUUUUCAUAGCCUUUAUUGGUAAAGCUUUUAAGGGAUGUGCCCCGGCCUCCCCUUCUAAGGUCAUAAUUUGGAGUACUCAUAUUUCUAAUGGAUUAACCAAAUACGAUUCUAGGAUUACACAACAUUUUAAUUCGAGGGUGCCGUAACCUUGCUAUGGGAGAGUGACAAUGGUCACAUCAAACCAAACAUUGGGCAGCAAUGCGUCACAUCCAGACGGUACGGAUUAUGAGGAAUACUCCGCCGACAUGACCGGACUACUGUCGUUUCAAUUCUGGACGUGGGGUGUUGCAUUAAACACACUCGCAAUUCUAGGAAUAAUCGGGAAUAUUUUAGCAAUAACUGUGUUGCGUCAUCGGCGAAUGCGAUCGUCUACGUCAUGUUACCUGAUCGCCCAAGCCGUCUUCGAUAUCAUCGUCUUGAUUUGCAGUAUGUUGUUUUUCGGUUUGCCGGUGGUGUCCACGGCGUACGCGACUCUCUACCCUUAUCUUCAUCCAUAUGCAUACCCAACCUCCCUGACAGCGCAAACAGGGACAAUAUACACAACAGUGGCUUUUACUGUAGAACGCUACAUCGCCGUAUGCCGCCCUUUACAAGCUUCAAAAAUGUGCACGCCGAGACGAGCAAUUCGAGUCAUUCUUCUUGUAACACUGUGCUCCAUUCUAUAUAACGUUCCGCGCAUGUUGGAAUAUCGUAACAGCUAUAACACGAACCCUGCGACGAAUGAGACUGUGGCGUCCUAUGAGACGACAGCGUUUGGCGCCGACCCGAUUUUCCAGAAAGUCUAUCUCUCAUAUAUGUACGUCCCUGUAAUAUUUCUCAUCCCCUUCUUCAUCCUCUCGGUCCUCAAUGUGUUUCUUGUACUCGCCGUCAAGAAAUCCCAACGAACUAGAGCCGAAAUGAACGCAAGAACUUCGCGAGAAAAUAACCUCACUAUAAUGGUGAUCGUCGUGGUACUCGUGUUCCUAAUCUGUCAAAUUCUCGCAAUGAUUGAUAAUAUCUAUCUGACAACAGUUCCCCAUGCUCAGUUAAUGACGAACGAGUACUUUAUCAGAUUCAAUGGGAUUAGCACAGAUAUGGUGUGUUUGAAUUCGGCGAUCAACUUCUUACUUUACUGCGUCUUUGGAAACAAAUUCAGGAAAGUUUUCCUUCAUAUUUAUUGGUGUCGGAAGGCAGCGUCUGAUCGCCUCGACACAUCAAUACAACUCAUCACCCACCGGUCGCUACGCAACAUUGAAAAUGACAAACAAACGAAAUCCCGUCCAGAUCACCCAAUGCUGAUAUCAUCACAAAGGAAACAGAGCGAUCGACGUAGGAAUCGGCAUCGGAAUAAUAACCAUAUGAACGGGCAUACAAAACUUAUAGACAUGACACCGGAGUCUGAGGAUCACGAACUGAGCAUCGGAUUGAUAGACCAAUCAGAGUAUGAGGGUGUGCCAGUCACACCGCAGGCUCUAAAUAAUACAAUCGACGAUUCCACGCAGAGACUCGUCACCGAAAGCGAAUAAUGUUACAAGGCAUCUGCACGGUCUCCAAUCGAAGACAAACUUAUUUGUAUGCUACUCACUAAUGCGUAACUUAUCGUGGCGAUUACUUUUGCAGUUGUUCAGGCAGGCAGCUGGGGUAACAGCGUCACCCCUUCCAUUUGCCAGAUGAACUGCGAAUACGACAACCCAAAUUAGUUAUGCGUUGAGCGAUAUCGCGUACCAAAAAAUAAUCUUGUCUUUUAUCGGACACCGUGAUCUGGUCCUCAGAUCAAUGAGUUACUGUGAAUCGCCAAAUUUGCAUUUUUAUUUUUGCGGUUAGCGAUCAUUUCUGGAAAUAUGUUUCUCCUCACUAUGAUAUCCUUUGGGAAAAUCUGUUAAACCGCUUUUGCCAGAGGUUGUUUUUAUUAGAUGCAGAAAUACACAUAGAAGUCGCCAUACGACUUUUAGCGUCUGACUGUGUAAAUAGUCCUGAUCAACACUGGUGAUAUCUCAUUUCACGAGCAACUCACAAGUGAUUUGGUAGCUUCGAAAAAUAUCACUGCCUAAAAUAUAACAUCUUUCAUUUCAUGACCAAGCAUCAAUCAUCGUAAAAUAUAUGCUUCUCAGCUCUCAGAUAAUGCUACAAACAUGUAAUAAUAGGUAAAUUAUUUAUUGGAACAUCAAAUCAGAAUAUCUGAGCACUGGUACAACUAAUUGACAUACAUGUAUUAUAUUGUUACUUAUU